AAGGCAUUGUGAAUUGGUUGUGUUUGUAAUGUUUGCGGUAAUUAACCCCAAAAUCCAGGCAUUCCUUCGCAGAACAGCUUCAAUUGUGUGAGAACUUGCAGGAUGCCAGAUUCGUUUUCCAGUAUUGUUGUUUUGUCGAAUCGGCUUUGUGGGCAUAUUUAUUUCCAAUGAUUAUUUCUGACGUAACGUCACUCUCCACCCUGUCCCCGUCCCUGCUUUUCACUCGGCUGCGCGUUCGCUGCUCGCCAAGUGCGCGCGUCCGUGGCCGAACCUGCAGGAACUUUAUAAAAGAAGGACAAGAACAGGGGAGACUAUCGCAAGAAGAUGGAUUUCUUGAUAGGGAGUCCAUUUACUACUCCAGUCGGACAGCGAAUAGAACAUGCCACAAGUGCUGCUCUCCUGUCAGAGGACUGGGGCUUGAAUAUGGAGAUCUGUGACAUCAUCAAUGACACGGAGGACGGUCCAAAAGAUGCAGUCAGGGCAAUAAAGAAGAGGAUUGUGGGAAACAAGAAUUUUAGAGAGGUCAUGCUGGCGCUAACAGUGCUGGAGACAUGUGUGAAGAACUGCGGACACAGGUUUCACGUGCUGGUGUCCACGCGGGAGUUUGUGGAUGGCGUUCUGGUCCGAGCCAUUUUGCCCCGGAACAACCCGCCCAUGGUGGUACAGGACAGGGUGCUGAGCCUCAUACAGGCGUGGGCUGACGCCUUCCGCAGCUCGCCGUCUCUGACGGGCGUCGUCUCCGUGUACGAGGACCUGAGGAGGAGAGGCGUGGAGUUCCCCGGCACUGAGCUGGAUGGCCUCUCCCUGAUCCACACCCCGAGAAGGAGUCUCCCAUGCAGCUCAGCUCUCGUCUCCCCACCCGCUGUGGCCUCUGACACCCCCUCUGCCCCUGUGUCAGUCCAGGAUGCGAUUUCACCCCCGAACAGCGAGGUGGAGAAGCUGAGAGUUGAGCUGGACACGGUCCGGGGAAACCUGACGCUGAUGUCGGCGCUGAUGAGCCAGCUGGAGCCAGAUCGGGCCCGGCCAGCAGACAUGGAACUGCUUCAGCAGUUGUACUCGGUGUGUAAGCGCAUGCAGGAUCGGGUGGUGCAGCUCAUCCCAGUGGUCAGCGAGGAGAGCCUGAUGGAGGAGCUCCUGAAGGCCAACGACGAGCUCAACGCCACCUUUGUCUCCUACAACAGGUUUAUGAAACACUGCAAUGGACAGAAUACUACAGAGCAGGCCUCUGAUACUACCUAUGGCAAUCUUUUUGAGCUCAGUACCACCCCCUGCGCUUUCAACAAAUCAGCUGCUCCUAUUGCUCCCGCCCACCAGCCCGCCAGCCAAUCUACUGUGAGCAUGCUCCCCAGUCUGUUGGCUGGCCUCAAUACCAGAGAAGAUGACCUUUCCCUGUCUGCUCAGGGCAAUCAUAACUCUCAGCUCAGUGAGAAACGUGACAUCCCGAGGGUAGAAAAGUUACUGACUGAGGCUCCAGAGACCAGACUACAGAACAAUGGAGAGAAGGACGUCAACGUGGAAUCUGCCAUCCUUGGCUCCUCCCCUAAUUUUGAUUGGAUGGUGGCAAAGGGAAUGAUUCCAGUGAGUCAGACAGACGCAAUGGAGGACAUUGAGAAAUGGCUGGAUGUUGAUAUGGAGGGCGAGUUGACUGAGGGCGAGGGCGUGACCAGCGAGGAGUUCGACAGGUUUCUGGAGGAAAGAGCAAAGGCUGCCGAACACCUCCCAUCCCUCGGGGCCCCGGUGCCGGAUCCGCCCCCCCCGCAGUCACAUGACUUCAUGCUUUGAGCAGCUUGGAGCGGUUGGAGACGAACUGGCAAAAACGUUUGGCACCAGAAGGACGGGCGUCAUGAUACUAACACGGGAUCACCAGAGUUCCCAUGACAGGCACCUUUUAUCAGAGAGAAACAAAAAUUAUUUCUGUUUAAGGUUAAAUGAGCACAUUACUUCCUUAGAGUCAUGUCCGAACCUCAUCCUGAUUAUAGUAAUAGUUCUUUGUGUCCUUCCAUUCAUAAAAGGUCAAGAUUAUUUCGCAGACAGUUCUGAAAACUGAUUAAGUUAAACAUGAACAGGACGACUUUAAACAAAAGGUCAAAAAUGUACAUUUAGCGAUGCCACAUAAAGAGUAUCCACAUGUGGGAUAGUAGCUUUUCAAUAGGCGUGAUGCCAUCUUGCGGCAAGACAUGAAUAAUGCAAUUUGAUUCGGAUUUUUUCACUCAAAAUAGUAUACUCCAAACGUUACCGCUGGAUGGCAGCAUGUUGCAUGAAAAAUUAUGUUCCCUUGAUUGGUUGUUACAAUACUACCCUCACAGCUGCACGACCUUCGUUUUCCUUUAACCAGUUACAAUGAAAUUAUUUAUUGUUGUUACUACAAUAAAAGUGAGUGAAAAUUAAAAUAGAACUGAUAUAAUUAAGUUAAAUGAGUUUAAGGGUAAUAUAUAUUUUAGUGCUUGAAAAAGUUGAAUCAACACAUUGUCACAGUGUGUUAAUUAUUGCUCAGUUGUGUUUGUUAUAUUGAAAUGUUUUAUUAAAAUAAAAAAUAAACUUUAGAUAUAAUGAA